AUGACAGAAGAAAUAGAAGACACCGAGAAUCUGAUGCCCACUGAGAGGAAAUCCUUCUGGAGGACAGCAGAGGAGAGACGAAUGUCUGAUCUUACCCGGGUGCUGGAAUGGCUGGAGCGGAGGCAGGGCAAGAACCGUGCCCUUCAGAAAAAGAAGGAAGAGAAAAAGGGUGCAGAAGAGAAGGUAGGAAAGAAAAGCACAGGUGCUAAGAAGAAGCCAGACAAAGUCGGCCGCAAAGUGACCUUCAACAAGAGCCAACUUCGUAUUGUCAAGAAGGAAUCCAGCAUUUACCGCAAGGGGACUGAAACAGACAAAAAGAGCAGGAGUCUGAGCAUGAUCUCUAGCAACUUCAGCAGGGAUAGCAAUAAGAAGCCUGGUCCGUCUGGAUCCAGAAGAACAUCAGAGAGCACAGACAUAGACAUCAAGGAUGUUAUAGCCCUAGAAAACAACAGUCGGGUAAGCUCUUUCCGAAGACAAAGCUCCGCAGAUCCUGGACUACAGGAGAGUAUGUUUGGCAGCCGGAGAGCAGGCCUCCUGAGAGAAUGGGCAAACAAAGCUACCGAAAAUAACUAUGAACGCAAGCUGAAGAGCCUCAUGGAGAAAGGCAUUGAGCCCAAGAUGGAGAAUGCCAAGAUGCUGAAGCCAGAGGAGGUGCUAAGCUGCCGGUACCUGCGUUUGUCCAAGAACAACAUCAAGACCCUGAUCAAGCUGUGCAAGGAUGCAGGGAUGGAUGUGGACAUCCACCCUCACAUGGUGGAGGCCGAGAUAGACGCAAAGAAGAUAUUCGGACAGCGAUUGAGCGUAGCUCUCUAG